GAGACCGCGCGGGAGCCCGCCCCCGCGCCCCGCUGAUUGGCCGCGCCGGCCCUCUCGUCACGCUCUUUUGUCUCAGUGGGCAGAGGAUAAAAGCCGCGGCGGCUGCCGUGGGAACCGCGCUGUCUGGACUCGGCUACCCCUCGCUGGGAGGCCGUGCGGAGCCGCUCCGCGGGCAGCUCCCGGUCGCUGGGCGGCCGAGGCCGUGCCCGUCCCUUCUCCCCUGCAGGGCCGCGGAGACCGGAAGGCGGCGUCCACCGCGGGCAAGGCCCGAGCGCAGGUAAAGAAAGGGGGCGCGAUCGGCCCGGCGCCGAGAGAGGAGGGGAAGCCCCACCAGUCCUGGGCGGCUCCCCGCUUGGGGAAUCGAGGACUGCGAAGGUCAGGAGCACUCCCGUGGCCCGGCGGCGCUCAGGGAGGAAGUGGGGUGCCCCUGGAUGCUGCCUAAUGGGCCAUCAGAGCCGAAUCCGAACUUGAAUUCUGCGCGGCCGAUUGCAGAGCUGUCUGGACGCCCCGAGGUCCCGGAUCGGCGACCCCCGGUGGACAGAGAUCGGCCCGAGCCCGGAGACGAGCUUUCCCACGGAGGCCCCCGGCUGCAGAAGCUGGAAGCGGAAUAAAGGCGCGCGCGCCUGUUCCUGCGCUCCCUCCCUACUGAGACAGGAGGAAGGCGGAGUGCCCCAGCGCGCCCGCAGAUUAGGCAUUUCCACGGAGCCUGAGCGUCUUGUUAUACUCGGAUCCCCACCCCCCCACCCCCACCCCAUCGUCGUCAGUCAUGGCUAGCAUCAUUGCGCGCAUGGGUAAUAGCCGGCGGCAGAACGCACCGUUGCCGCCCUGGGCCCAUUCUAUGCUGAGGUCCCUGGGGAGAAGUCUCGGUCCUUUAAUGGCCACCAUGGCCGAGAGAAACAUGAAGGUGUUCUCGGGGAGGGUGGUGCCAGCCCAGGGGGAAGAAACCUUCGAAAACUGGCUGAUCCAAGUCAAUGGGGCCCUACCCGAUUGGAAUAUGUCUGAGGAGGAAAAGCUCAAGCGCUUGCUCAAAACCCUGCGAGGCCCCGCCAGGGAGGUCAUGCUUUUGCUCCAGGCGGCCAACCCCAACCUAAGCGUGGCUGAUUUCUUGCGCGCCAUGAAAUUGGUGUUUGGGGAGUCUGAGAGCAGUGCGUCCGCUCACGGUAAAUUUUUUAACACCCUGCAGGCACAGGGGGAGAAAGCCUCCCUUUAUGUGAUCCGUUUAGAGGUGCAGCUCCAGAACGCUAUUCAGGCAGGGAUCAUAGCUCAGAAAGAUGCCAACCAGAGUCGCCUGCACCAGCUCCUUAUAGGGGCCGAGCUGAACGGGGACCUGCGCUUUAGGCUGAAGCAUCUUCUUAGGACGUACGCAAAUGAGCAGGAGCGACUCCCCAGUUUCCUAGAGUUAAUCAAAAUGGUAAGAGAGGAAGAGGAUUGGGACGACACUUUCAUUAAGCAGAAACGGCCCAAAAGAUCUGAGCCCGUGGUGGAGAGGGCCACCAGUCCAGUGGCCUCCCAGGGCUCCCCCCCGAUAGUGGUGGACGGUGCUGACUGCAACGUCAUAGAGAUAGACGACGCCCUCGAGGACUCCGACGAGGAUGUGAUCCUGGUGGAGUCUCCGGACCCUCCACUGCACUUUUCGGCGUCUCCUCUCCCCAGACGCAGGCCCAGACCUCGGGACCGAGUGCUAGUCAUUGACUCCCCCAGCAGUUCCCGGGCUCAGUCUCCUUCCACCAGUGGGGGUUCGGGGUAUAAGAAUGAUGAUCCUGGGAAUCUGCGUAGAGCCAGGAAGCGAAAACACGCGAUCCGCUGUUCAUACUGCGGUGAGGAGGGCCACUCGAAGGAGACCUGUGACAAUGAGAGCAACAGGGCCCAGGUGUUUGAGAAUCUGAUCAUCACCCUGCAGGAGCUGACCCAUACGGAGGAGGAGGGGCCGCGAGAGGCCCCUGGCAAACAAGAUGACCCUUCCGAGCCGCAGUGAGGUGGUAGCCCCCGGCCUUAAGUGAACCCUUAACCCAAACUCCGAGUCCGGCAAUGGGACGACUAGGGAGGGGCGCUUCUAAUUGCAUGAAUCCACCAAGCAGCUUUCUUUGCGGAGCGGAGCAGAAAGGGUCUUGGAUACCAGCUCAGUGGAGGGAGACGGCCUGACCUCUGCCCUUGCUUCCCCACUCCCUCUCUGCUGCCUAAGGGUCUGUUUUCUUUGUGUGCCUAUUUCUUUGAUGGCUUUAUUCUCUUUGUGAAAGUGGCAUAAUGCAUCGUUAAACCUCCAAACAAUAAAGAAAAGUACAAAAAAGUCAAAGCACCAGUUACCCCAAACUCUCCACCCUGAUCUAACCAUUGUCAACCCUUUGACGAAUGUCCUUCUAGAUAUUUCCCUCUACCUAUGUACCCAGAUAUAUGUGCAGAUAAAAGUGAUCAAAUAUAAGUGCCGUUCGAUAGUCUGUAUUUUUUCACCAAACAAUGUAUGUCGUGGGCUUCUUUCUAUGUCAAUAAAUAUAUAUCAGCAUCUAU